AUGAAUUUGUACACAAUGUGUGUUUGCAUGUUUCUGUUGCUGGCCCCAUACAUAUUGGCAAGGGAUAUAGAUUGUCAUGAACAGUGUAAAUGUUCAUCUAAACAUCAUGAAGCAGUGUGCAGUGGUCGCGACCUAAUUUAUAUUCCAUUAUUCCCGGAAAAUAUACAUGUUGUUACAAUGAAUGGAACAAACCUGACGUACAUCGAUAUAAAUGGUUUUGAUAAUUUGACAAUCAUUGGACUAAAAAAGCUGCAGUUGAUUGAUAAUUUAAUUUCAUACAUUCAUCCAAAUUUGUUUACAAAUUUGAAAUUUCUUUCUACGCUACUGAUUUUAAAAGAAGAUAAAUUACAUGUUGAUCUUUUGAAAAGAGCACUCGGAUACUCUGCCAAACAAAAAACAAAGCAUCUAAUAUUUGAAUUCAACAAAUGGUCAUUUCUGCCAGUCGACCUGUUUUCAAAUUUUUCAAGCAACGAGGUGACAAGUCUUAGAAUUAAGGGCAAUGCAUUUUCUAGUAUUGCAUGUGAAACAUUCUUUGUGAUGAAAAGUUUAUACUCUUUGGUUCUGUCCAAUAAUCUAAUAGAAGACAUCAAUAUGACUGGAAUACCAAAUACUGUUGUAAGCCUACAUUUGAAUAAUAAUAUGCUUUCAUCAGUUCCUGAUAUGUGUGCAAAUGGUAAAGAAAAACAAAGCUUACUCAGACAGUUGUCAAUUUUGGAUCUAAGCGAUAAUAGCAUCGGUAGAAUGCAGGAGGAUUCAUUAGCUUGCUUACCUGCAUUGACAAAGGUUCUUUUGAAUGGAAAUCCUCUUGGCCGAAUUCAUAGUAACAUAUUAAUAAACAAUCCAAUGCUUUAUGUCGUGCAAUUGUCUAAAAUAGGUUAUCCUUUAAAACACAUUGACGACUUUGCAUUUAACAGUUCAUCGUUGUCCAGUUUGCGAAUGCAAGAAACAAAUUUUCACUUUGAUCAGGAAAAAUUUAACCCUAAGACAAUUUUUUCUCUUUCUCCGAAUCUAUCUUUCCUCUACCUUGACCAUAGUUACCUGCCAAAAUCAGAAAUUAUAAUGCAACACAUGUUUUUGCCUUUAAUUAAACUUAAGGUUUUAAGUCUUUCUUUCUGCAGCCUUUUCUUUCUUCCUAAAGACACUUUUAUACAUUUAACAUCGUUAGAGACAUUGAGUUUAAGUGGUAACAGAUUUUCUAGCUGGAAUGACGGAAAUUCAAUUUUUAGAAAUAUGAUUUCUCUAAGAAAACUGUAUCUAUCAAACAACUUCAUACGAAUCAUCAACUCGACAUCUUUUCCGCUAGAUGUACUGAAUUCAUUGGAAGAUUUAGAUCUUAGUGUUAACCCAUAUGCAUGUACUUGUGAUCAACUUUGGUUCACUAAAUGGAUACAAGCAACACAAGUUAAGCUGAUUGGGUACCCCCUUCAUUAUAGGUGUCGACAGCCUUCCGAACUUGAUAAUGUGGUGCUUCAAAAAUAUGCUGAAUCUCAAAUGCAAUGCCCACCGUGGAAUCCGUUAUAUAGCAUGGCAAUAGUACUAUCUUGUACAGGAUUAUUACUAGUAACCUUUAUAACUAUAGGUUUGAAAUGUCAAACAAAUAUUAAGAAUUAUAUCACUAGUAGCACGAUUUCAUGUAUAUACCUAUGGAGAGUUAAAUACAAUAGAAAGAAAGGUUAUUUCCCUAUAACAAAUGCAGAUGAUUUCGAGUAUCACGCUUUUGUUGUUUAUUGUGACGCAGAUCGCAACUGGGUGCAUCGAACGUUUUUACCGAAAAUAGAACAAGACGAAGGUAUCAAGCUCUGUAUUCAUCAUAGGGAUUUUGAAGUAGGUGAAUCGAUCACUGCAAACAUCAACAAAUAUUUAGAGAAAUCAUGGAAAGUUGUUGUAGUAUUGUCAAAUGAGUUUGCGAAAAGUGAGUGGUGUCAAUGGGAAGUUGACGUUGUACAGGAGCGACGUAGAAGGUUUGGAAAAGACGUGUUCCUGUUAAUAAUGCUGAAAACUAUCGACUCUAAGCAUAUGACAAAUCAGCUAAGAGCCCUAUUGGACAGUGCGCCAAGUCUACGAUAUCAAACUGGGGUCGGCGAGGAUCUUUUUUGGGCCGCUGCAAUUGAGACUUUAAGGAAACCAUUAGAACAGGUUACAACUGCUCUUUUAUAAGAGUAUUUAAAACCUUCUUGUAAACGAUUGCAUCUCAUAAUUAUUUGUAUAAAAAACUACUUUUAUAUGAAAAAACCGGCGUGCAAAAGAUAUUUCAAAAUGAUAUGGAAUGUGCUUAACGUGCGCAUAUAGUUGAUAUCUGAAACGGCUAAAUUAUCGUUAUUCCUUAAUCUGUUCUAAUAUAUUUUAUGCAUCGUACUUUAUUCGGAUGACACAUUCUGGGUAAU